GGGGGAGAGGCAAGUGCGCUCGGGAGUGGUCACAUGACCCAAGUCUUGUGACUGGCCUGAUCCAGCAAAGAGCUGAGCACAUGACCGCUUGCACCUUCUACUUCGGGACCCAGUUGAGAGAAGAGGGGUGGGAGAGUUCGCACAGGCAGAAGGGAUCGGGUACAUGUGACUCUGGGUAACUCCUUUACCCCCCUCUUCCCGUGAUAGAGUCUCCCACAAACUUGUGUCCACACCCUACUGACAGGGAAGCUGCUUUCACUUUGUGAUUGAGUUCCUUCCUGCCAACCUGUGCUCACUCCGACCGGUAAAGAAUGGAUAGCAAGCCCCUCCUGCAGGACAGACCCCCAGCCUACAGCCCGGCGGUACCGGGGGGAUAUGACUACGGGCAGCAGCAGAACUAUGGGGCUAUUCCUGGAGCUCCUCAGACAGCUGCCCAGCACGCCUACCCCCCGCCAUACCCUUACCCUGCUGCCGCCGGAUAUGUUCCUCCGCCCCAGCCGGCCUAUCCAAGCACUUACACCAUAAUCCAACAGCCAGCAGCAACUACGUCUGUGGUGGUGGUGGGAGGCUGUCCUGCGUGCAGAGUUGGCGUCUUGGAAGAUUCCUUCACGUGCCUGGGCCUGUUAUGUGCCAUCUUCUUCUUUCCUAUCGGGAUCCUGUUCUGCUUGGCACUAAGGCAGCGGAGAUGCCCCAACUGCGGCGCUACGUUUGGUUAAGGAGGAGAACUUACCCCUCAGAGGCUUUAUAUAUAAAUAUAUAUAUAAUUAUGCACUUCUCAGUUCCCUUCUGUAAAUCUCAUUAAGUUGCACAAUCCUUCUAUUUGAUUAAAUUGCAUAUUUGUAUGGGGGUGUGUGAUAGCGUUCCUUCCUUUUCCUGUUUAUUGCAUGGGGGGGGCGUGUCGAUCUUUGUGCCAUUGUAACUGGUGGAGCUGUGACGCUUCCACUCUCUGGUGCCUUUACACGUUGUACAGAAUUAUUCCGUCUGUCUUUCCUCUGUCUACCAAUUACAGGGACAGCCUCUCUUUUGUCUCGGCCCGCUGCAGAACUACAACUCCCAGAUGCAGACCGGGCCGAGAAUGCUGGCGAAUUGCAGUUCAGCAACAGGCGGAGAGCUAGGAAGCUGGUUUCCCAUGAUCUAAUGUAAAAGUGAUAUUGUUUCAGUUAUACAGACCUGUGGUUUUUUUUUUUUGUAUGUAAUUCUGCAACAUGUACAAAUUUUAUAGUAAAACCAGAAAAGCACUGUGAAAAUAUUAAAGAUAAUUCUAUGAUUCA